CUCACCAUUUACUCCUCUUUGUACAGCAUGGAGAGACCUUCCGAUUCUAAUCCGAAAACGCUGUCUGGCGAGAAAAGCAUGGCUGUUGCUACUACGCCACUACAAGAUGGCAGCGAAGAAGCAUCAGAGACUGCCACUACCCCUGCAGCCUCGGCUGAUAUCUUGAUGGACAGCCUUGUCAGAGCGAUUGUUUGCUAUGAGAAAGAGCUUCUUCUGCUGUCUAUAAUCAUUUCGCUCUUUGCCUGGUCCUGGUGCGAUUGGGCAGGCUGCUCCAAAUGCAUUGAUCUGGCCUACAUUAUCCUGACAGGUUUGACUAUCCUUUUGAUUGGGGUGAUGCAGUAUGCUAGGAAACUGUCUUGAGACUGUGGAAACUUUGAAGCUAUAACAUGAGGCUGGAGAAUGGCCAGUGCUUUGACUAGGAUCAUCUUGGAUCCACGUGAAGUUAUAUAGUAUGUUUAGGAGGCAGUGAACACGUCGGUGGCUAUAGAAGGCACACUACUCUGCAGUUAUGCAAUAUGGGAGCCCUCAACUGGAAAGUCCAAGCUGUUCGGUGCUCAUUCGGCCUGCACGUCUGGAAAGACGUCGUUCAAGAAGUUCUUAGAGAACCGCGUUGCCUGCUCAUACGCCUUCUCAAACCCGUCACGCCCCCCAUAGUAGGGGUCAUUGACGACUUCCGCCUUGCCCGACCCGGAGUACUCGCCGAACAGCAUCACCUUGGCCUUGCC